GUCCACGCCUAUCUCUGUUGCACAAGGCACAAGGCACAGAGCAACCGGACACGAGGCAGGCUUUUCGAGCAAGCCUUUUGCUGCCUGUAAAUUAGCCGGGCACUUAGGUCGUGGGAAGAUGUCAUGAUAAUCCACUAGCGACGCUGUGCAUCUCUCGCGCAUGGUUACUUAAGACCUUCGUUAAGCCGUGCCGCAUACCACUCGUAGUAUUUGCGUAGCUUCAGCUUACUUUCGCUAUAAAUCUAAUCCGCUUCAUCGGCGACCAUCAUAUCCAAAAUGAAGGCUGUUUACGCUGCGUUGGCCUUGGCCGCGUCGGUCAUGGCAGGCAAGGACCACGAGACCGUUGUCACCGCCACCACCUACGAGACAACUACUGUCUGCCCGAUCACUAACACAAUCACCUACGGAGGAUCGACCUACGAGGAGACUACCUACACCACCUCAACCGUAGUUGUUACCUCCUGCGCGGGAGGUAGCUGCGGAGGCGAGGCUACCGUGACUGCUCCUGAUACCACCGUUGGCACCACCACUGCCGUCGAGGUCACUUACACGACCACGUGCCCUGUCACAGAGACAUCCACACCACCGUCUCCGAGGGUAACACUAUCUACGUUACCGAGACCGGUACUGAAACGCUCUACACCACUAAGGAGUACACCGUCACGCAGACACUCCCUGUCACCAAGACCAAGGAGAUUGAUGUGACAGUUACCUCCGAGGCUACUGCGGGCGAGACCGUCACGGCCAGCCCGACCGUCUGGAUUACUUACAGCGAUACCACCGUCGUCACUAAGUCCAAGUCCGCCACGAUUGUGCCUUACCCUACCACA